CGCGACUCCGGAAUCUCGGUGAAUCCCAGUCAGUACCGCAGCCCCAGCCGACAGCCAUGGCCGCCUAUCAGCUGGUGCUGAUCCGACACGGCGAGAGCACAUGGAAUCUGGAGAACCGCUUCAGCGGCUGGUACGACGCCGACCUGAGCCCGGCGGGGCAAGAGGAGGCAAAGCGCGGCGGGCAGGCGCUGCGAGAUGCUGGCUAUGAGUUUGACAUCUGCUUCACCUCAGUGCAGAAGAGAGCAAUCCGGACCCUCUGGACAGUGCUGGAUGCCAUUGACCAGAUGUGGCUGCCAGUAGUGAGGACUUGGCGCCUCAAUGAGCGGCACUAUGGGGGUCUGACGGGCCUCAAUAAAGCAGAAACGGCUGCCAAGCAUGGCGAGGCCCAGGUAAAGAUCUGGAGGCGCUCCUAUGAUGUCCCGCCACCACCGAUGGAGCCUGACCACCCCUUCUACAGCAACAUCAGUAAGGAUCGCAGGUAUGCAGACCUCACUGAAGACCAGCUGCCCUCCUGUGAGAGCCUGAAGGACACUAUUGCCAGAGCCCUGCCCUUUUGGAAUGAAGAGAUAGUUCCUCAGAUCAAGGAGGGGAAACGGGUACUGAUUGCAGCCCAUGGCAACAGCCUUCGGGGCAUCGUCAAACAUUUGGAGGGUCUCUCUGAAGAGGCUAUCAUGGAGCUGAAUCUGCCUACUGGUAUUCCCAUUGUCUAUGAAUUGGACAAGAACUUGAAGCCCAUCAAGGCCAUGCAGUUCCUGGGGGACGAAGAGACCGUGCGUAAAGCCAUGGAAGCUGUGGCUGCCCAGGGCAAGGCCAAGAAGUGAAGGCAAGGGGGCAGACUGCUAUCUCAAGGAAUGCCCUCCCCGCCCAUCCCAUUCCUCUGCACUGCUCCCUGCACAUGUCACACUGACCGCACCUGUAGGCAUCUUAAGUUGUAGCUGCAGAUGGGGGACCAGUGGCUCCCAUUUCAGCCAUUUUGUCUCCUGCACCCUCUCCUUUCAUACAGACUAGUCAGAAUGGCACCUCUGGAGUAUGGUCCUCAGUCCAGGGCCUAGGGAAGACUCCUCUCAUCCUAGGGAGUCAGCGACUCUGGGGUUUUUGCUAGUGUUUACUAAGGACCUGCUUGAGUAGGGGAUAGGGAGGAGCCACGCUAGGUAUGACCAAUAAGGGGAAGCAAGAGAGCCUAUUCCUGUUGCCAGCACCCAGUCUUCCUGUACUCUUCUGUAGUCAGGCUGCUGUCUGAGGCACUCUAGUCAUUCCAGUGGAAGAUGAAUGUAACCCACAUGGUGAUUUAAAAAAAAUCUAUUUCCUCCCUGACCCCAGAGGAGCUGGCUGCUGAAGUUGGGAUCAACCCUGAAGGUGUAUGUGUUGCAUUUUUUUUUACAAAAAGAAAACUAUAAGACAAAAACCCUCUGGGGUUUCUAGUGGCAGUUGAAAUAAUAGUACCACAUGUGAUCAUCAGAAAAUAAGUCAUUCCUCACACCCUGUGGGAUAGGCUCCUUGACUUCUAAGGGGUAGUUACGAGUUCAUCCUGCUGUGUAUUUUAGAAUCCUGCCCCUGCCUUACUGUUUUGUGGCAGUGAAAUGCCUGUCAAUCAUGUCCAAAUGUGUCUUUUUACUGUGUCUGAUUUCUGAAUCAUGUUCCAGUUGCUUGGCCCUGCCACUUGGGCCCUAUGCUCAGUUUGAGCGUAACUGUACUAAAUCUUUUUUCCAGAUCAGUAUAAUAAAGGAGUGAUGUGCAAUA